UUGGGUUGCCAGAUUUCUUAGCCAUAGGGAAUGGGUGGUUGGGUCUGGGAAUUACAGUCACAGAAAUUAGGCAUAAUAAACUUUUCACCUUUCUUAAACUCACAAGUUAGGGACAGACUGACUUCAGAGGUCAUAAUCUUGUAUACCAUAAAUCUACCCUAAAGCAGUAUUUGCCAAAAACCUAGACAUUACCUUUUCUACAUCAAAUCACAGAUCUUGAUCAGUUCUUCCUAACCUCUCUAAAAGAAGCCAUGCAAGCCUACCAUUUCCAGGAUUUCCUGUUCCUCUUUCUCCUAGGAGUCUCCUCCUUGACAUUGGCCCAACAUUUGUAUUGUCACAAGGGUGUGUAUAUGGAUAUAGAAGAUGAUCCAGCCCACACAUUUAACUGGACCACAGAGAAAGUUGAGACUUGUGACAAUGGAGAACUUUGCCAGGAAAGUGUAUUAAUGAUUACAGCAGGGGACAAGACAGCCGUUUUGGCCACUAAGGGCUGCUUCGCGCAAUUGAUGGAGGCAAUGACAUUUGUCCAGCACACUUCAUCUCCUGGUUUGACUGCAGUAUCCUAUAGUAGCUACUGUGAGGAUCCACUUUGCAACAGCCGACAAAGCAUAGUUGAUUUUUGGAAAACACAAAAGACAUUAGAUGCCCCGGAAGUAGAGACCACCAGUAUGACAGCAACCCUCCACUGCCCAACCUGUAUAGCUGUGGGGACCUGUUUAAGUGCUCCUUCUCUGCCUUGUCCCAAUGGUACAAAUCGAUGCUAUCAAGGAAAAGUUGAGCUCAGUGGAGGAAGCAUGGAAUCAUCUGUGGAGGUCAAAGGCUGUACAAGCAUAAUUGGUUGCAGGCUGAUGGCCAGAAUCUCAUCAAUCGGACCCAUGGCAGUGAAGGAAGUGUGUCCUCAUCAGUCUGUCUAUCAAUCCCGAAAGACUGAAAGUGGAGCCACUUGGCUUCUCGUUUCAGUUUGGUGUUUAGCAUUACUGCUACCAACACUGCUGCAAUCACUUAUCCAUUUUUCCUGAGAAGGCAUUCCUAUUCCUGUGUCUCAGGAAACUUUUGACCGUGAGGCUUCUGACUGCUGGUCAUCAGUUGAAGGUAGAGAUUUGAAGGGGAACAGAGAGAGAGGCUGUGGAUAUAUUUGAUAUGUCUAAU